AUGCUACGCCUCUGGUGGUCACUGCUGUGCUGGGGGCUACUGCCCCAAGCCCGAGGGAAGGUCCACGGCCUGAUCUUCCUGCGGGUCAGUAACAGCCAGCUGGAAACAGGCAUUUCAGACCUGUUCUCAGAGCGCCAGAUCCUGAAGCGCCUAAUCAGGGUGCCUGUGAUGGGAUCCGCGAGCGAGGCUGUGUCUGUUCUGGACCAUCUGCCCUACUUCAAAGAAGACCUCGUCAAGAAGAAGAGCGGCCUGGACCUGUCACUGGUUGGGGACCUGCUGUCAGGGAAGACUGUCCCAGCGCUGAAGACGCUGCUGGAGAAAGGCGGAUUGAUUAUAGAAGAUGCCAAAGGACCGGAGGUCACCCUGGAAAUCCUAAGUGACAGUCUGCUGCAAGUCACCCUGCGCUGCAAGCUGUACCUCUCACUCCAGGAGCUCCUGUGGCUCAAAAUCAUCAAGAACAUACGCAUCGGAGUUCGGCUGGAACAGAUAGGGAAUAAGACCCAACUGGUCUUUGAGGAGUGCCACACCCCACCGGGAUACCUGAGCAUUGAGAUUCUGGAGCCGACAAACUCCCUGCUGGUGAACAAACUUCUGAAGUUGCUGACUAGCACCCUGGAUGAAUCACUGCCCUUGCUCCUCCAAAAGAUAGUGUGCCCCGUGGCCACAGACCUGCUCAACCUGCUGCUGGAAGACUUGCUGCACAUCACUCUGCCCCCAAACGCCGCAGGCCCUGAUGACUUCCAGUACUAUCUGACCACCACCGAGUUCACGCAGGGGGCCAUCCUGAUGAGAGUGCAGCUUGUCACCCCCUGCGGCCCAGACCAGCAGGCCCCAAGGCUGGAGCAUGUGAUCCCCCCGCCCCUUCCAGAAUUAGCCCAGGACAGCAUGGCCGACUUUGCCUUUUGGGUAGAGAUCUACAAUGACAUCCUGUCCUGCCUCUAUUCCAGCCAGGAGGUCCACGUGGAACCGCAGGACUCCACAGAUGCUGACCUCCUGCAGCUGUUGUCACUGAGAGCUCCACAGCCCGGGCCUGAGGCUUCUAGUCAGUCCAACCGUGGCCUGACCAUCAGCAUGCCAGAUCCCCCCACUGUCUACCUUGAUGACCAUACGGCCAAAGUCAUCCAGGCAGGAGAGCUGAGAGUGCUGGGACCGAACAACACCUCCUCUGACCCAGUUGCCUGGAGGGAGGUGGAUGCUGUGACCUUCACCUCUUUGAGCGCUACUUCCCCAAACUACUGCUGUGACCUUGAGUUAUCUCUUCCCUCCGGUAGUGCUGUGGUCAUCCUGGGCUCCUACCCUGACAGCUUCAAGAAACAGGUGAAAUGGCUCAGAGAACAUGGCCUCCCGCUGCCCAAUAUCAAGGGCAUCUCCUUCAGCCAGGCCCACAUGGACUUCUCCAAGGAUUACAUCCUGCUGACCAUCCCGGAGUAG